AUGUCGUCGCCUCCUCCCAGUGAUUCCAAAACCCAUGCUCAUGAUGAUGGCUUAGCUAGAGCUUGGGAAGGGGAUUUCAAUGUGAGGGAACGUAUGCGCUUCGGUGCUGGCAAGCUGCUGGUCUGGCCAAAAGGCAAAGCUAAUGCUGAGCUCAUUGGCCAAACAUCGAUGCAGGCGUUGUCCAUGAAUUGCAAUGUCCUGACGAUCAUGGCAGCUUGGUGGUGUCCAACGCAGACCACCCCUAAGACUCCAUCGAUCACAGUUGUGAAAGCACAGGAGAUUGGCGUCAAUGACUUCUAUGUGGAGAUCUUCAAGUACUGGACCCUGAAGAAGCCUCGCAAGGCGCUUUCAACCACACCUGCUGCUACGUCUACGUCGUCUGCGUCCUCUACGUCUGGUGUUGAAGUGGUGGACUUGGCUGAUUCAGGGGAUGAGUCUGGUGAUUUGAGUGUCAUCAUGGAGGUCAGGGACAAAAGUGACCCUUAUACCACCAUCUUCGAGGACUCUGAUCAGGACUGCGCAGAGGCGGCUGCUCUCUCUGAUGAGAUCAGGGACUAUGCAACAUCCACUAUGGCUAUCCUGAAUGAUGCCAUCAGUGAUGCCAUGGAUGAAGAAGCUGCUGAUGAGAUUCGCCUCAGUCCUGAGUACCCUGGUGAAGAUCCCUACCCCGCGGUGGAGGAGCCUGUGACUGUGAAUCCCAAAGAACCUGUUCCUGAUCCUGACAUGGGUGGACCUGUGACUGCUUCAAGUUCUAUGGCAACCCCUGCUGAUCAACCUGGAGUACCACCACCUGCGGCACCUACACGGGAGAACAAGACCUUCACGGACACGCAGGGUGUCAUGACCAUAAAGGAUGUGGAGCAAAAGAUCUUGUACCUCAAGCAACUCCUUGCCCAGAAGAAACAGAUGGAGCAGCAGCCUGCUUCAGAUGUUGCGGACACUCUUCCAUUUGAUCCAGUUCCAGUGGCAGCAGCCUUGAUGACAGGAAGUUCACCGGAUGCUGUCUCAAGCAGUGACUCUCAGGAUUCGAUCGGUACGCCCAGUGGGAUUUGUCGCUGUCUUGCUGGAGACUUUUCCAAUGCAAAGCGAGGCAAUCAGCAGGAUGACCCACCCAGCACAACAUCCCAGAAGAGAUCACCGAUGCUCAUUGUGCCCAAGAACUGGGAUGUCCUAAUCCAGCAGCGCAUGGUUGACAUUUUCACAAUGGCCAAGACAGGUGCUCCUGAGCCCCCGCGAUCUGAUCCUGAAGGUCAACGACCUGAAGGCCCACGACCUGAUUGCCCACCUGAUCCUGAAGGCCGAGAACCUGAAGGACCACAACCUGAAGGCCCACGACCUGAUUGCCCACCUGAACCUGAAGGACCACGACCUGAAGGCCCACAUCAAAAUGGCACCGUUGAGAAAAUGGAGAUUGAUGAUGAGCCUCCAGUGGUUCUCAGAACUGAACAGUGGAAACUGAAGCCUGCAGGGAGAGGUCGAGGGCGGGGAAAAGGACGUGGUGGCCGCCGUGGCCGUGGUAAGGCUUGCACUGGUGAAAUCAUGGUGGAGUCUAGCGCUGAUGAAGCUGAUGAAGGAGAUGUGGAAAGCAAGGCUGCAGCAGCUGCAGUUCCAACUGUGGAUGAGGAUGUGGGGAAGAAGCCUCGUCGACAGCCCAAGGAUUUGCCGCAGCCUCCCACUGAGCCUGAACCUUCUACUGGUGGGGCGGGUGAGCCUGCUGAACCUUCUGAACCUGGUCCUGGAGGUGAGAAUGCCAAGGUGCCACGCAAGCGAGCAAAGGCAGGUCAGGGGGCCGCUGGCAUUUCCUUUGCUCGAAGGACGUGUCCUAAGACUUGUCCCGCGAGGGAGCGUUGGAGGGCUGCCAAAGCUGUCUUUGAGGAGAAGAUUGCGCCUUGCCUGCUUGAGCUUGGCUUUCGCAAGGGGCUCUAUGAGGUGCAUUGGUGGACCUGGUGCAUGGAGAAUUUGCAUGAACACGACAAGGUCCAGCAGGUCACUCGAGACAUGGAGACUGAGGACAAUGAGGUCACUCGCAGCAAUCAGUUUCAUGAUGCCUUCGUUGCUGCUGCCCGUGUGGAAGCUGGCAACUUCAUCCAGGAGAACGGCCUUUGCAUGGAUGAAGACUGA